CGCUUCUGCAUCCUUCACUACCUCUCUCCUAACUCUUUCGCUAGAAUCACCCUUACCACCCAACGCCACCUUUCCCCCUCCUUCUCCACUCUCCUGUGCCCCCUCUCCCCUUCCCCCUCACACCCAACCCCCAUUUCCUGUAACCUAAGGCAACAUUAUCAUCACUGAGCCAGUCCGCUCCGAGGUCCUGUGGUUAGUGGGCGAGCCUUCAGCUGUGUCCUACUCCUCUGCAUUUUCAAAUAUUUCGUUUUGUUCCCUUUUCGUCUUUGAUUCGAAGAUGAGGACGACUGUGGUGACGUUGGCGGUGCUUGCUCUGUUGGCAGCGGCCAGUGUAGAUGCCCUGACAUGCCGUCCAUGUAACAACGUACGGUGUGCCAGUCCUGAGACUUACGACUGUCCGGGCCGAGAGGUGGUGCCUAAUGAAUGCGGCUGCUGCUUUGUGUGUUCUAAG